GUGUACAGCUUGAGGUAGGCGGGUUGUUCCAAGUUUUUGCCUCCGGCGCUAACGGUGUAGAGUUUUCAUGUUGCGCUCUGCCAGUUGAAUCCACUUGCUGUACAAUAAGGUGUCCUUUUGUUCUCAAGAUUUUGAAAUUUUUCAUUCUUACACUGGUAUUUUUAACUGCGAGUUACUUUUCCUACCUCUGAUUUACAACCUAUCUUCUUGCAGUUUGGAAUUAGUGAUUAGGAUUAGGUUUCGUUAUAUGAUAUAGAAUCUUCCAAAUUAAAUGUGAAAUUGAAAUAUUACUCUGAUCGAGAUCCGAUUUGUGAUAAAAGUACCAGUCUGUCAUAAUUUAAUAAGCGUGUAUGUCAGCAGCGAGUGUUGUCGUAACAUUGGUUUCUACCAUAUUAUCACUUCUUUUAUUCCGGCAUAUGAUGCUUUUUUAAGAAACCCUAGUUACCGACUGUUGUGAUCAAUCAGUGUGGUAGUGCUGUUAAACGGCAAAUAGUUUCUCCAAAUAUUUCAAGUUCUCUUCCGUUUGUAAAUGACUUUCGAAUUAAAUUGUUAAAUCAAGUGUUUUUGAAUUUUCGUUUUCACUACUGUUGACAUAAACAAAACACAAAUUUAAAAGUUAUGUAGUCGUGUGAAAAAUGCGUCACUAGUAUAGUGUAAUAAGAGAUAAACCGAGAUAAACUUAAUUUUCUAUGACACAAUAAUUGUUUGGAAUCGUUACGUUACCUUAGUCCCUAUACUUGUUUCCUGUAUCCUAACGACUCUCCAUUCAGUUGAAAUUACUCUUUAAUAGUCCGUCGUUUUAGAGUCCUUUGCUCUAGUUCUUUGUCGUUUUCCUUUUAAGUACUUUUAGUGUGGGAAUGAAGGACCGUACAUGUGAAAAUAUAAAAAAAGUAAGAAUCAAAAUAAGGUACUAACCAAUAAUCGGGUGCACAAAAUUUCUGUUGAACUAGGUCAACGUGAAAGUAACUUAGUAUUUACAUUGGCUUACAUAGUACGUGCCAUGACUUUCAUCUAACCAUGGAAUAUCACAAGACGGUAAAGAUCAGUCAAAUAUUACAUUUCUGUUCUAAAGAAUGGUUAGAAUUAGUGAUUAAAUAUAAAUUUUUUGCCACGAACUGACAGCUAAAGUGCUAAAAAGCUAUGUAGCAAAUGUGGAUGAGUGAAAUUCGCGCCAAAACUCUUGACCUGUCAUCCUAAAUCUAUUUGGUUCGUCCAUAAAUUGGUCUUGCUGAACAUUCCUUUCAAUAGAUUCUCUUCUCCAAACAAAUAAUCCAGAAAGUGUCCAGGUUUGAGGCGAAGUACAUCGUUUAAAAUUACAGAAUGUUAAUUUAGGAUUAUGUAACGAAAUCUCUGUUGAGAUGACUAGUUCGGAACGUUAACUGGAAUAAGCUUAUGCGUUAGAUGUAAUUGUGAGAUUAAUAAUUUUAAUAAAUAUAGAUUGGCUAGAUUGAGGUAGUUUAUUUGAAAGUAUAUUCUUUGUCUACAUAUUGGUGUUAUAAGUAACAUCGUUAUUAUGUAAUGUCUCAGCCAGUGUUCCUCUGUUCUAAUUCUGACUUAUCACAAUCGUUUGGACAGCAUAUUAUUUCCUUAAGCGACUACGGCAAAUAUUAAAGUGAUUACUUUCAAUCCUAUACCUCUAGUUUUGACGAUUGUUAGUAUCAGGCUUUUUUAUAAAACCGUAGGUAAAUUCCUAGUUAAGCUUCAAUUGAUGUAGUAGUCUUUCUUAGAUCUUACAAAUCGACUGUGGUCAAUUGUAUACAAACAACUGACCGAUAUGCAGUCUUGGAAUAUGGUUUCCAAUCUUAUAUUUGGUUUGAGCACCCGGGCAGUAUCACAGCCCUCACACAUAUCGAAUGAGAUUUGUAUGGCGCAUAUGUAUUUGGUGCCUCUUUGUACCAAUAUCUGUGUUGAAAUAAAUAAAUAAAAUUCGGCAAAAUCCCUACAUUAAGUAUUCGUAUAAACCCCAAUUGCCUGAUAGUUUGGGGCCAACUACUCUACCUUACUUGAGCUCUUCAUGCAUGUUUCUAAGAUAGCAUUUACAUGUAGUCAUAGUAACUCCUUUGAACAGUUAUGUCAGUUGUCUACUUUUAAACGAAAUAUAAUCGUUUAGGGUUCAAUCCACCCAAAAAGAAUGCUUAAUAUGAUAUUGAAAAUGUCUGUUCUUUUGUUUAAACCACUAAUUUAUGCAGCAAAACUUUCGGGGAAUGCAAUAGCACGUAUCGGUUAGAAUAGUUUUAUGAAAAUAUAAGUUUAAUUGCCACACAUGUACUACACUGCUAAGGUUUAAUAGCCAAUGCCAAAACUUUACUCUUAGUUAAUCGUCCUUGUGUCACAGACAGUGUUGUACGAACACAGCCUAAAUUGGCUUCCUUUUAGCUUUUAAAAUACGGUAAGUCGUUGGAUAUGACAUGCCAUUUCUCGGCUCACUGUCGAAAGCCUUGCUUAAGGAUAAAUUAAUCGAUAGAGAUGCUAUCAUUGUAUUCUAAGACAUUCGACACUGUCGCUACGCUACCUCCGUAACAAAAAGUAACAAAAUCAACAUUUACUAGGUAUAUGGGCAUGAGCCAUACUAUGUAAGGACUAACCAGAGCAUUGGUAAUGCCUCAGUGGGCUCCGCCUUUUAAUGGUCGCUAUGGAAUAAGAUAAAGUAUGGUUUUUUAGGAUUUGUGCUAUCAACAGUUUAUAUGACACGAGGUUAGCAUAUUUAACUAUCAGUAUUAUCAUUUUGGUUAUUAUAUUUUAUACUAAUGCUUUGGGUUUUAAGAUGCCUCUUAUCAGUACGAAGCUACAUGUAUUGAACCCGAUAUGGAGAAAAAAGAAACCUCGUGACACUGAGCAACACGAAGAACACGAACCAAAACCAGCAUUUAUCGUCCCAGAGACUCAAGAAAUUUGUACAUCUGCCGAGGAAUUGCAGCGCAAAAUUACUAUAUAUAAUGAAAAUAUAUGGACUUGUCGUGUAACUGGGAAACCUAAUUUGACUUACCGGGAAGCAUUGAAAACUGAAGCAACUGCUAUUCGAACACUAAAAAAGUGUUUCCCCAAGUUUUUUGAAAAAACUAUCCUUGAGCGCGUUCAUCUCAGUACUCUACCCCUAGAAUCCUUGGUACACAGCUGCUGGACCACCAUACAUGAACAAUUUCAUAUUGCAGAACCUGUGAAACUUAAAGUUGACUCUGUUUCGAAUACACCAAUACGUGGAAUAAUUGAUGAUAUAAUAAAAUCUCAAACUGUACCGACAUCUGUUCCGGAUAACACUUCACCGAAUAAUAGUGACAAAGAAAAUGUGACUAAAAAGAAUUCUCCCAUCAAGAAAAACUACGCUUACAGUGUUAAAGUUCUUUCAGAUAUCCCUGUUGUUGUACAUGAUGUUCCAGCCUGUUCCAUUGACCGUAUCAACCGAGCACCUUCCAAAGACCAUAUCAAAAUGUUUAUUCGAAGUCAUGCUAUGCGUUAUGGACCAAACUUUACAGGUCCAUGGAUUGUAAACGAGGAGCUUUUACGACGUCAUAAAAUACCUUUAAAAAGCCCCGGAUGUCAAGUUGAUAAAGUUAAGUUAAAACAAAUGUCCAAAGCCCUGGAGGAGGAAUACUUUGUACGCGUUAUGAACUCCCGACGUCAGUCCAACGGAGAAGGUACAUCAGAUGAUAUUACCUCAAGCACACCACUUAAUUUUAAACGUAUCAAGCGCUUCUCUGUUCUACGUGAAGAUAACACUUCCAAGAUGCUUGAAGAAAAUGAAGAUAACUUACCGCUAGCUCAGUUAAAAGAUCGUUCUCAACUUAAACAAUCAUUGGAGGAUAGUAGAAAGAAGAAAAUGAAACAGUCCACCUUAUUUCAAUUUGGUAAGAAAACUCCUACGAAAGAUGAAAUACCAGACAAGCCAACAAUCAAUCGUCCUAAAAAGAAUACUAAUGAAAGAUGUGCAUUGCCUCGAGUUGCUCAACAUCUCAUCAAAAUGUUUGGAGAAGAUCGUAAUAAUCCAGCCAUAGAAACUCAAAUAAGACUUUGUGCAAAAUUCAUAAGUGACGUAGAUAUUCUUAAGUUGCCUGUUGAAUUACGUGAUCCUGUGCGAUCAAAGAAAGAAGCGUUUGCGUUCAAAAAAAAGUUACUGACUAUGUCACCGACUCAACGAAAGCAAGCACUCCAAGAAAUGAAAGAAAAACAGAAGAUUGAACGUAUUCACGCUAAUAAAUUGCUUGAUGAUCAACAUCUUAUGACUGCUUUGCCUCAGUGCCCUCGCUUACCUGAACCUUCCAAACUUGAACUUCCUCCUAGUUUCAAUGAAUCUUUGUUUGGACGCCUGCUAGGAUUAACAGAAUUUUUCCAUGUCUUCCAUAGCUUACUUGUUGAAGGAUCUGUUGAUGAUACCGAGGUAGAGAAUCCAUCUGAAAAUAAUGUUCUAUCUGGCUUUUGUCGCUUUCCAGUCGAAUCUCUUGUAGCUGGUGUUGGUGAACCGGGUUAUUCUGAUGAUGAUGACGAUGGUAAUACUGAUGAAGAAGAGGAAGAAGCUGGAUUGACUGAAUCAAAUGCUCCACUUCCGAAAAUAUGUAUAAAGUCAUUGCGUCGUCUAGGAUUGAAACGAUUACUUAACGCUGUCACCACAAAUAAUCCAUCAGCCGGUGCCUAUCGAUCACUAGCACGUCCUUUAAGUGUCCUAUUACGCUUAGUCUUAAGAGAUGAACAAAUAGGUAAAAAACGUGAGUUGGGUUUGAAACUGGCUAAAUUCCCAGUUACACCGUAUACAGCUCCUGAGCUCCUUAGAUUGACUCUUUUAAACGAAAUUCCAUCAAAUCAUGCUAGAACAACCAUAUUGGAACAAUUACGAAAUCAUGACGCUCCAGUCACCGAUCCUAAUCCAUUUGACCAGAAUUCUCCUGUGACACAACUUAUACACCACUUAUCCAACUCUGAUCUACAUGAACUAUUUCCAGAAAUACGUGUAAUAGCAUUGGAAUGGGCAGUGGAUAAAAUUUUCGAUCUUGAUCUUAUAGAUGAUCAUAUUAUGGCAUGUCAACGUCGUGCAGCUGAUGCUUGGCAAAGGAAAAUUCAGGUAUUACGUGAUAAAAACUUACGAAAAAAAGACAAAAAAGAUAAUGCAAAUGAAGCUAACAAAACCAGUAAUAAUAAUAAUAGCAAUAAUUUAUCUACCAAUCAACUUGAUGAGUCGAAGUCUAAAGCAGACACUCCUACCGCUACUGCUGAUGAUAUCACAGAUUCUGAAAAUGACUUAGCAUCAAUUGUAAAACGCAGACGAAUUCUAGCUGCACGAGCAGCAAUAGAAAAGGAAGAAAAAGAAAAUCUGGAACGUCAACGCCGUCUGGAAAUGGCUCAAGAACAUGCUGAAGAACGUGCAAUUAAUACAGUUAGUCGACUUCAUGAUAUUCGGUCUACAGAAGCAAAAUGUGUUCUACGAAACAACCCUAUUGGUUAUGAUAGAUAUUAUCGUCGUGUUUGGUAUUUCCGUUGUUCUCCGGAUCGUUUGUUUUUGGAGGCUAAUUGGGCUUCCUCAAGUAUCAUGUAUUCGGUUGAUUCCUUUAGAAAAAAUGAAUCUGUCCCAAUUACCACUUUGAAUGAUGAAACAAUACCACAACCUGCUCAUGAUUUUGUAAAAAAUGACACAUUGAACAGUGGAACCAUUUCAAGUUCCUGGAGUAAUUGGUAUUUUUAUGACCGUCCUGAACAGUUAGAUGAAUUGUUAAAUUCAUUGCUAACUCACGGUGUUCGAGAAAGUCAUUUAAAAAGUCAGUUAUUGGCAGAUGGAUUUUUGGAAUCACUUAAAAAAAGAUGGAGAAGUGGUCUCUCAAAUGAAUUGGUAAUUAAAGCUGACACAACGAAUGGUACUCCUAUAAAUGUAGAAAAACAUCCAUCUCAUCAUAAACGCGAUCUUCCUGCUGGAGCCGCUUUGGCAGGUGCAUUGUUGAAAAAUAUUUUAGAUACUGAGGUUCGUCUAAGAUCUGGUGGUCUCGGUGGUGUACCAGAUUUUACAAAAUGGCAAGAGCGUUUAGCACAAAUACAAGAAUCCUAUGGAAUCCAACAAGAAACUCUUAAUGUAAAUUUGUCUUCAAAACCAAAUCUGUCAGCUUUAUCCAGUCUAUGUGAAUUACCAAAUAAAGCAGGACUUGCUAUGGCUCUUAUUGAAGUAGCUGAAAAUAUAAUACCUCGCUUUUUAAACGUUCCUGAUCUUUGCACCAACUCAAAAUUCGACUCUAAUCAAAAUGGAACAAAUGAUUGUCAUGAUCUAAAAACUUCUUUUCCAGAUCAUGUACCAUUUUGUAGAUUUUCAUCUGGAGAAGAUUCAGACGCAUCUGAAAAUAAUGAUCGUUCACAGGAACUGGAGAAAGCUGUUUUAGACCCUGAAGCUCAUGAACUACGAACCCGUGCUUGGAUGACAGCUUGGCGCACUGAAGUUCAAAAUGCUCGUACACUGACCCGAUUAAAUCUCUUACAUGCUUGUCUGGAUGCAUGUGUUCGCUGGGAAAAGUCAGUGGAAGAUGCGCGCUGCCGUAUUUGUCGUCGGAAAACAGAUGAUGAUAAUUUACUACUUUGUGACGGUUGUAAUCUUGCUUUUCAUCUCUACUGUUUACGUCCACCAUUAAAACGUGUACCAACAGGUGAUUGGUUCUGCCCGACUUGUGGACCAGCCUCUCGUGCCCUCGAAAAGCGUAAGCGUGAAGAACGUUUAGCUCGGUCUGCAAGACGACGAAAACGUGCUUUGUCAUCUGAUGAUGAAGAACAAUUAAAUUCUGAUAAUAAUGAAGAAAGUAGUGGCGAAAGUGAAGCUACUCAAAAAAUCAAACGUCGAAAUCCCCGUUCAUUUCGAUGCAAAGGCGGUAAUGACUCAAGUGCGUUCAAUAUAAAACGUUCAGUUAGUCCAGCCAAUCGCAAUUCAGUUUCAUCUAGAAAUAUCAGACAUGAUACAUCCUGUCUUGUUUGUUCAGAUUCAAUUGGUGAUUUGGUUCUAUGUUCCAACUGUCCCAAUGUAUUCCAUCUGGACUGUCAUGAUCCCCCAUUGCACCAUAUUCCACGUGGAGAUGGUUGGCAGUGUUCAGUUUGCCGGUCGAAUAAAAAACGUUCUACUAUUACUUCUUAUUUUCAAAGCAGAGAUUAUCGUCGGAAAACUUAUCAAGCAAUUUUCAAGAAACGAGCUGUCAGUCCAGAUGAACGUAGCGAAGAUGAAUUUUUAAAUAGUACAUCUUUUACUCGUUCAACACGAAGUAACAAUAGAUCUCGAAGGAAUAUCGCAAUGUCUGACACUGAUGAUGAACAACAAUCGAGUGAAGCAUCUUCAGAUGUAGAUAUCCGCUCUAAUAAUCAACGCCCAAUUUCCCGUCGACGUAGUGCUUCACGAUCAGCGUCUGCUCUUAGUUCACAACUAAAUAAAUAUCCAAAACGUAGACGACGACACUUAUCUGAUCAGGAGGAUACUUCAGAAACAGAACAAAUGGACGAAAAGUCUCAAUCUUUAUGUUCACACAUUCUUGAUGCUGUGUAUAAACACAAACACUCAUGGCCAUUCAGAAAACCUGUUGAUAGAAGCCAGGUUCCCGAUUAUUACGAAAUUAUCACAGAUCCUAUCGAUUUGUCCAUGAUGCGUGAUUGGCUUUCUGAAGGACGGUAUAACACGGAAUCUACCAACGCAGGACUGAAGAAACUAGUACAUGAUUUAGGUACUAUGUUUUAUAACGCCGAAUUGUAUAAUGCUGCUGACUCAGACGUUUGGUUAGCUGGAGAGCAGUUAGAAAAAUUCGUGAAGAAUCAAUUCGCUCAUAUUAACACAGAUGUUGUCUACUCUAGACCAGCACUUGGUGAUGCAUGAAUAUGAAUAUGAAUAAUCGUAUUUUGGUAAAAUUAUGAUAGAUAUUUUUCUAUGUGUGUGGAAAUAUCUGUUUUUGAAUCAUUUGUGUACGCAUAAAAGCAAUAAUCUAAGUCAAGUUUUGAUAUGUGUGUGUUUAUACUGUCUCCUGUUGUUAAAAACAAACUUAUAAUGACUCGAUUUAAACAAUACACAUAAUCUUCUUAUUCAUUUUUAUUAUUAUUAUUAUUAUUUUGACUAUCAGCUUAUUCUCUAUUUGUCUUAUUUUUAUUUUGUCAGUGGAUAUUAUAAGUGUAUGCAUUUACAAUUUAGAAAGAGAGAAUUAUAUCUAUAUCUAUCUAUUUUCUAGUGUGUUUUUGUUUCAAACUUUUUUUUUAAAUAAAAAAAAACUAUUUAUUUAAGUAACGUUGUAUUCGAAUUAACCAAUAUUCAGUGAAACAGUUUUGAAUAUAUUUUCUUUUCUCUAUUUUGUUUUUCCUCUAAUUUAUUUUCUCGACUUUUUUUCUUUUUUCUUUAAAAAUCAUCGAAUCACUUGUGCUCAAAAUUGUCAAUGUGUGCUUCCUUUAUGUAUAUGAUUGAUAAUUGUUCAGUGACUUUUAUUUCUCUUCCCCCCUGUCUCUCUCUAGUUCUCCCUUUUCUUGUGUCACAUUCUUCAUGAUAUGUAUGCAGGUUUGUACAGCCUUAUUGUAAAGGUAUAUUUUAUUUGUCCCUUUUUAUGUAUAUCUGUGUCACAGUAAUAAUUUGUCUACAAUAUUGUCAUGACGUAUUGGUAAUGUAACACACAUUUAUUGAAUUAUCCUCUUAAAAAAAAAUUAGCUCGAUUUUUAAUAAACAAAGUAUUCCUAUUAUUAUCGGUUGUGAAUUAAUUAAAAGAUGGUAUAUACACAUAUCAUUGUUAUUUUUUAGCAUUUAUGUCUUAUUGCAAUAAAUCAUUUUAAGC